AUUUUUCGCAACUUCUCUCCCAAACUAAACCAAUUACUCUCCUCCACCACCUUUCUCUCUAAAAAAAACAACAACUAUAAUUCCCAUUUUCUUCUUCCUUCUUCAUUCUCCCAUUUUUUUCAGAUAAAAAAUAUAUACUAAAACCCCUUUAAAUAAAUAAAAUCACACAAAAUGUCAAGAAAUAAAAUGUGGGAUGUUAACAAUAUGAUUAUAUUUUAUAACCUAUGCUUUUUAUUAGCUUCCCCUGUUUUUGGUGAUGUUUGGUAUGAUAAUAAAGCCAUAACUAUCAAUAAACAGAGGAGAAUUCUUCUUUCUGGUUCUAUUCAUUAUCCUAGGAGCACACCUGAGAUGUGGCCUGAUCUUAUACAAAAAUCUAAAGAUAAUGGAUUGGAUGUUAUUCAAACUUAUGUUUUUUGGAAUGGGCAUGAACCUUCUCCUGGAAAGUUUAAUUUUGAGGGAAGAUAUGAUUUGGUAAAGUUCAUUAAGACAAUACAGCAAGCUGGACUUUACGUUCACCUCAGAAUUGGGCCCUUUGUUUGCGCUGAGUGGAACUUUGGGGGAUUUCCUGUGUGGCUCAAGUACGUACCUGGUAUUGAGUUCAGAACUGAUAAUGGACCUUUUAAAGAAAAAAUGCAAGAAUUCACAGCCAAGAUAGUCAACAUGAUGAAGGCAGAAAAGUUCUUCCACUGGCAAGGAGGUCCAAUUAUAUUGUCUCAGAUAGAAAAUGAGUAUGGACCAGUUGAAUGGGAAAUAGGUGCACCUGGUAAAGCUUACACCAAAUGGGCAGCUCAAAUGGCUCAAAGUCUUAAUGCUGGUGUACCUUGGAUCAUGUGUAAGCAAGAUGAUGCCCCUGGUGAAGUUAUUAACACCUGCAAUGGUUUCUACUGUGAAAAUUUUGUCCCUAAUUCCAAGACCAAGCCUAAAAUGUGGACAGAAAAUUGGACUGGCUGGUACACAGAAUUUGGUAAACCAGUUCCUUACAGACCUGCAGAAGAUGUGGCCUUCUCAGUUGCUAGAUUCAUACAAAAUGGUGGUUCAUUUGUUAACUAUUAUAUGUUUCAUGGAGGAACAAACUUCGGAAAUACUGCAGGUCGCUUUGUUGCUACGAGCUAUGACUACGAUGCUCCACUUGAUGAAUAUGGUUUGCCAAGAGAACCAAAAUACACACACUUGAAAAAUCUGCACAGAGCAAUCAAGAUGUGUGAGCCUGCUUUAGUUUCUGCUGAUCCAACAGUGACCAGCCUCGGAAAACACCAAGAGGCUCAUGUCUUCAGUUCAAAUUCAGGGAGAUGUGCGGCGUUCUUGGCAAAUUAUGACACUCAAUGGAGUGUUACAGUUACCUUCAGUGGUGCAAAGUAUGAGCUGCCUCCAUGGUCCAUUAGCAUCCUACCUGAUUGCAAGAAAGAAGUGUACAAUACUGCAAGGAUGUCAGCUCCAAGCUACCAUGCAAAGAUGACGCCAAUUAGUCGUUUCUCUUGGCAAUCAUACCUUGAUGAAACUCCAUCAAAUGCUGAUGACAGAAGUUUUUCAGGAACAGGGUUGUAUGAGCAAUUAAAUGUGACUAGAGAUAACUCUGACUACUUGUGGUACACGACCGAUGUCACUGUUAAAAGAUCAGAAGAACCAAUUCUCACAGUUAUGUCAUCAGGGCAUGCUUUAAAUGUGUUUGUCAAUGGCCAAUUUCAAGGGACUGUUUAUGGUUCAUUGGAGCAACCACAAAUAACAUUCAGUCAGAAGGUGCAGUUGAGAGCUGGUCUUAACAAGAUUUCCUUACUUAGUGCUGCAGUUGGACUUGCGAAUGUUGGCGCACACUUUGAGAGGUAUAAUCAAGGGGUGCUUGGUCCGAUUACAUUGAAGGGCCUCAGCGAGGGUACAUGGGACUUAUCAAAAUGGAAAUGGUCUUACAAGGUUGGAACGAGGGGUGAAAAUCUUGGUCUACAUACUAUAAGUGGCAGUUCAUCUGUAGAGUGGGAACAAUCAGCAGUGGCACGAAAGCAGCCACUUACAUGGUUUAAGACUACUUUCAAUGCACCAGAAGGAAAUGAUCCAUUGGCUUUGGACAUGAGUAGCAUGGGAAAAGGGCAAAUGUGGAUUAAUGGUGAAAGCAUAGGCCGUCAUUGGCCUGCAAACAAAGCGCGUGGCAAGUGUGGGCAGUGCAAUUAUGCUGGAACUUACAUCCAGAACAAAUGCUUAGGUGAAUGUGGACAACCCUCUCAAAAAUGGUAUCAUGUUCCGCGCUCAUGGUUGAGACCAAGUGGUAAUCUUCUGGUUGUUUUUGAAGAAACAGGCGGUGAUCCAAGGGGAAUUUCAUUGGUGAAACGAACAGCUAUGUAACUGCAAAAUCAAUAAUGCAGUUAUCUAGUAUAUGAUUGCUUGGUUUACCUAGAAGAUGGUACAACCUUUGUGCCUUGGUAGUCUGUCUCUUAUAUAUGAUAAUCAUCCUUGGCUGAGAAACAACCAAGAGAUGUAUAUAUGUAUGUUGCUAGUAUCCGAUUGCAUAUCAUUCAUCCAAAGCCCGAAUGUGAUUGCUGUCAAGAAAACUUGUAACUAGGUUGUGAUUUGUACAUAAUUCACAACUAGUUGGAAAGUUAUAGCUCUGGUUACAUAAGAAGUAGAUGGGCAUGAUAAAUAAUAGAAAGCUCUUGUAAGUUGUUAUCUCAGGAGCAGAUGGAUGACUGUUUAGGCAAUAUAUGGUCUUCAGUCUCACUACGCCCUACCUCAUUUGUAUAUACCUGGAAGUUCUACUUCUACCAAUUUGAUAUCGUUUGUACAAAUAAUGGAAUUAGUAUCAAAUAUUCAAUACAUAUUAAAGCUAUGAUUUUGGUACA